UGAGACCCCGCCUCACAGACGCCGCAUUCCCCCAACCUAUCUCUCUCCCUCUCUCUCUCUCUCUGUCUCUCUCUGAGCGGGCAGUGCCGUCCCUUCGCUUCCCUUCCGCCGGAAGUGGAGCGACUUUCCCUUUCCGGCUACGGGUCCCGGAGCGGAGUGGGAGGCCGGACCGGGGAAGCCGAGCGACGGCGGUGGGGUUGGCCAUGGCGGAGCUGGUGCAGGGGCAGAGCGCUCCGGUGGGCAUGAAGGCUGAGGGCUUCGUGGAUGCCCUGCACCGGGUCCGACAGAUUGCUGCUAAAAUCGAUUCAAUUCCUCACUUGAAUAAUUCCACACCCCUGGUGGACCCCUCCGUGUACGGAUAUGGAGUACAGAAGCGGCCUCUGGAUGAUGGAGUAGGUAACCAGUUAGGGGCCUUGGUACAUCAAAGGGCAGUAAUAACGGAAGAAUUCAAAGUGCCUGAUAAAAUGGUUGGAUUUAUUAUUGGCAGGGGAGGUGAGCAGAUUUCACGAAUUCAAGCAGAAUCUGGGUGCAAAAUUCAGAUUGCCUCAGAGAGUUCUGGGAUUCCAGAGAGGCCCUGUGUACUUACCGGAACCCCAGAAAGUAUUGAACAAGCCAAACGGCUCCUGGGGCAGAUUGUGGACCGAUGUCGGAAUGGGCCUGGCUUUCACAACGACAUAGAUGGCAACAGCACGGUCCAGGAGCUGCUUAUCCCUGCGUCUAAAGUGGGGCUGGUCAUCGGCAAAGGAGGGGAAACGAUCAAGCAGUUGCAGGAGCGGACAGGUGUGAAAAUGGUCAUGAUCCAGGAUGGCCCACUGCCUACAGGAGCAGACAAGCCUCUCCGGAUCACUGGAGAUCCGUUUAAAGUGCAGCAAGCAAGAGAAAUGGUCCUGGAGAUCAUCCGAGAGAAAGAUCAGGCCGACUUCCGGGGUGUGCGCAGCGACUUCACCUCCCGCACAGGAGGAGGUGGUAUAGAGGUGUCUGUGCCUAGGUUUGUUGUUGGGAUUGUCAUAGGAAGGAACGGAGAAAUGAUUAAGAAGAUCCAGAAUGACGCUGGCGUGAGGAUCCAGUUCAAACCAGAUGAUGGGAUUAGUCCAGAAAGAGCAGCACAGGUCAUGGGCCCUCCAGAUCGGUGUCAGCACGCAGCUCGCAUCAUCAAUGAGCUCAUCCUCACGGCACAGGAAAGAGAGAUCCUUGGAGGCCUCGCGGUAGCAAGAGGAAGAGGCCGAGGCCGCGGCGACUGGAGUGUGGGGACUCCUGGUGGUGUCCAGGAGAUCACAUACACAGUGCCAGCUGAUAAAUGCGGCCUCGUGAUAGGUAAAGGGGGCGAGAACAUCAAAAGCAUCAACCAGCAAUCAGGUGCCCAUGUGGAACUUCAGCGGAACCCCCCUCCUAACACCGACCCUAACCUGCGGAUAUUUACCAUCAGGGGUGCUCCUCAGCAGAUCGAGGUGGCCAGGCAUCUCAUAGAUGAGAAAGUUGGCGGUGCCAGCCUCGGAGCCCCUGCAGCCUUCGGACAGAGCCCCUUCAGCCAGCCACCAGCUGCACCACAUCAAAACACCUUUCCUCCCAGGGGCUUCCCCAACAUCGCUGCUAAAGUUAACGGGAACCCCCACAGCACCCCAGUGAGUGGCCCUCCAGCUUUUCUGACCCAAGGCUGGGGCAGCACUUACCAGGCUUGGCAGCAGCCUACACAACAAGUCCCAAGCCAGCAGAGCCAGCCACAGAACAGCCAGCCCGACUACAGCAAGGCCUGGGAGGACUAUUACAAAAAGCAGAGUCAUACCACCAGUGCUGCCCCACAGGCCAGCUCUCCACCAGACUACACGAUGGCCUGGGCUGAGUACUACAGGCAGCAGGCCGCCUUCUAUGGGCAGACUUUAGGGCAGGCUCAGGCCCACAGCCAGGAGCAGUAGAUGGGCAUCUGCCGCGGCUCUUCCCCGAAAUCAGUGUGAGAGAAACCUGUUUGUUACAGAGAUUUUUAGAUUUGCAAACCUUUCGAUGAAGACCUUUGUUUUGUUCUGUGAAACACUAUAUUUAGAUUAACAAAAAUUUUCUAAAAAUCGGGAAAAUUAGUUACUAAACAUUGCUGGUAAUUUUUGUGUCGUGAUUUCUUUGUAAAUGUGUAAGCUCUGGAGCUCUUGGAGUAAAACCUGCAAGCUCAGGUGCCCGGACUCUCCUCAGAGCCUGACAGUUCAUCAAAUGAUGGGUUUGUCUUUUGUCUUUUUAUUUACAGUUUUGGGUGGGUUUUUGUUGUUGUUACUGUUGUUGUUGUUGGGGGGUUGUUUUUUGGUUUUUGGUUUUUUUGUUUUGUUUUGUUUUCCUCUUUUUCUGUUUUUGUUUUUGCUUUUUUGUUACAGAAAAAAUGGCUUGGAAGUCUUAGGUGGUAAUGUAACAAAUUCUUUAAAAAAUUUUUAAGCAGUAUUUAAAUAUUCAUAAAUGUAAAUUCAUUAAGUGUUUCACCUCUAAUUUCUUGUAUCUUGGCUGUCUGGUUUUAUUGCAUUUUUUAAAAAACUGAACUAUUAUGUAUUGUAAUUAAUGAUGUGAAUUUUGAACUGAGACGGGUCCUUGUGUUGUGGGAGGGAGGGGUCAUUUGUGGGUUGUGUCAUUUCUAGCGUUUUGAUGGUGAUGCAGAGACGCAGUCUGCCUUCUUGUGAGCUGCCCGUCUCCAUUACCCAGGGCAGUUGUGUGUCUAAGACCUCCAAGCUGGUUUUAAAAACAAAAAGCCUUUCUCUAUUCUCAGAAAUAUAAAUACUGUUAUUUUUAAUAUUAAAAAGAAAUUCAAUAUAACUUUUAACAAACACUGUGGACAUUAAACCAUAUAAAAAAAUGUAGUAACUAUUUUUUAAUUCCAGGGUGUUUUUUGCUUUUUUCCUUAAAUAUUUUCUUAAUAUUUGUCAAAUUAACUAGAUAAAUAAAUAAAUCUAGUAUUAACCACAGUAUGAGUUAAAUAAUUUUGAUUUAAUAAAAGGGAUAAUAUGAUUUCCAAUGUUUACUGUAGUGUAUCUUGUACAGAUAACAUGUAUUUUUAAAGAAAAAACGGAAUUGAAGCUAUUUUUUCUUGCAUUUUGAAUUGACCUGAGGAACAUUCCGUUUGAAAUGCGCUCGUUACAGUUUGCAGUUCUUGUUCUCCUUACAGUGCUUGAAAUGUCUAACUAUUAAAAAGGCAUUGGAAAUGGGUUGCAUGUUGUUGUUUUUUAAAGGUGUUCUUUUUAUUUGACUGACAAUUCAUUUUACACUCUAUAUAAUAAAAUUUCCACAAGAUACCUUGUGGGCAAAGUGUU